AUGCUUAUAUGCCUUUCCUUUAGGAAGGACACGGAGGAUCAUGUCAAACAUACAGCUGGGGUCCUCAAUGGGAAGUGGACACUGACUAUACCAGAGAACAAUCCCGACAUUGAAGCGUAUAUUGAUGCAGAGCUACAUGAGCGCCUCGAGUCGAGCAAGCUAUGCAUCGGGAAUCCAGCUAUCAUCCUCUCUAUCCAACAUGCCCUCGUCACCGGAGCCCAAGGAAUGUUUCUCUGGGCCACCCUUCUACUCGACUGCAUUUGCAUGGAGCAGACAGAUGAAGCAAUUCUCCAGGCUCUUGAAAGCCUCCCCCAAAGCCUAUCAGAAACGUUCACACGAGUUCUACAGCAAGCCGGUGCCUCAAAUUUGCGGCAUCGCCACAGGAUUGUACAGAUAGUUAUGGCUGCCCGACGACCUCUGUCAGUGGAGGAAUUAGGCGAGGCUCUCAGCGUCAUUCCCGGCGACACAACAUGGGAGCCUGCACAACAAAUCAACAAUAUUUAUGCGGCUCUUGCAAGCUGCAAGUGCUUGAUCAUUAUAGACGAAGAAGAGCAGACUGUUCGGUUCGCCCACCAUAGUGUCAAGCAGUUCUUCAUUGCCCAGGGCGAUGAGCCAGGAAAUACGAAUCCCAUCAACCCGGACGAAGCAAAUAAAGAAAUGGGCCGGAUCAUUCUAACGUACCUCAACUAUGGGAUUUUCGACCGGCAAGUAUCUCGCACAGUCUUUCCAACUAUUCCCGCAGAUGCCCCAGCUCGGAUUGUGAACACCAUCUUCGGAGGGUCCGCAAACACAAAAAGAAUCGCCCUGGAACUUCUCAAGACACGAAAGAAUCGCAAAUGCGACAUAGGCCAAACCUUGGCCGAGAUGGCCAUGGCGCAGCGAAUAUCACCAGUACAGAGCCAUCCCUUUGUGAUUUACGCCAAGGAGUAUUAUAUGUAUCAUAUUCUAGGGGUCUGGGAUUGUGACAAGAGAAUGGAACGGCGUUGGCAGUGCAUCUUGGACAAUGAGUCACUUGCCUUGCGGAUUACCGGUUGGCUGCAACAUGAAUUGCAGCAACGGCGAGUUACUGGGCUCCAUGAAAACUUUGUUCCUCGUCACGUUCUACGCCAGCUGUUCGAAUAUGAGAUUGUGCGCAAAGUCCUUGAGGAAAUUGGGUUUGAUAAACAUGAUACAUGGGCACUCGCUCACGUUAUCCUCAAACACCACUUGCGAUGGUUUGCGAUUCUUAUUGAUAUAGGGAUCGUUAGACAUAUUCGAGCCCCCUUUCAGGCUUGGACGGAAGACUGCGAUCUCCCCAUUUCGAGGGUACAAUUUCUCGAGAAAUUCAAGCUAAAGUUGGCCCAGACCACUGUCUCCCCCACCGUUCAACGGCAACCUGGAUCCAGGAAGGCGAGCACCUCACAAUCCUUCGACUCAAUGGAGACGAAGAGAUUGGAGAAAUUGGCCGAGUUGUUCUGCCUUCGACAGCGCGAGUAUCUUGUCCCUCUACUCCAUGAAGGUGGACACUAUGACUCAGAGGACGGGGUCUUGCCCUUCUUGCCUAUUAAAAACACAACCUAUAGUUACGACGACGAAUCCACAUUAGUUCUUGUUUACCCUGCACAUCAUGAUUAUCCUCCACCUUACCGUGGCACGGAAAACGUUGAUGAUGGUUACCUGGUCGCGCUCAGGUCCUUGCACACGCCUGCGAUUGGUCCUGGUAGCCAAUACUUGAUAUCUCGUGGAGGCUCUAAAGUUGGUCCAUUUCAUCUGCUCCAAGCCAUCGCAUCAUAUCGUCCCCCGGAACAUGGCGGAACACCCCAACCGAUCCGUGGGAUUUUUCCUCUCUCUGGCGCGAGCUUAGAUGACGUUUGGCGGCAAAGCUUGGUUACAGGCCGGGUUCAAACACUUCUGAGGUGGUCCCUAACCCAAAUGGCUGGCCUUGCCAAGGCUCUUGCCUUUGUCGUUGAAAAUGAUAGAGAAGAACGCUAUGUAUCACUACGCCAGAUUACGCCAUGCAACAUUCAACGGUUCAAACACACAACCUUUGGAUCACAUGGUUCGGGGACUUUGCGCUUGGAUCUACGAACUCUGAUGAUUAGUCAAAGUAAAUACCCUGUUCGGCAUUUUGAUGAGGCAUAUCGUGCCCCAGACGAGUAUACCAUGCGGGAACUUCCAAUAGGACGUAGCAGUGUUUGGAGCUUGGGAUGCAUAUAUCUUGAAUUUCUCAUUUGGGCUGUGAUGGGAUCGACAAAUCUUCAAAGAUUUCGUGAGGCUAGGGGAGGAGCGAAUACUCCGUUCUAUUCAAAGAUAUCUUCUGACGGUCCCAAAUUGGCUGAUCCCAGCAGGAGUGACCACUACGAAGGAUUCGAAUUGUCCCCUGAAGUUUGCCGCUGGGCGGACACCCUGCAAAGUGAGUCCGCGCUUCCGUUGGUGCUUCGCCCUUUACUCGAAUACUUGCUAGGGAAGGUGCUUGUAGUGAACCCAUCAGCCAGGGUACAGGCUCUCCAGCUCGCGCGCGAUUUGGAAGAGCAUCUUGCAAACUUCGACGAUCUAGAUGCUGGCUCUGACAAUUCCUAA